GUUCGAACCAAACAGACGGUUUGGUUUGAUCAAUGUAGCAUAAGAUAACCCGAAAAAGUAUUCGCUUGAAGCCCAGUGUCUCUGAUCAGGUAGAGUACUACCUAUCAGCGGCUUCAUUUGGUUGUUGGAAUACUAAGGCGCGGGAGGAGCUUUGUGGUAGAACAUGCAGUAUUCCGGAGGAAAAGCGAACAAAGUCUUGCUAUAUGUUUCGUCUUGUUCACAUGGAUAUUUUCCUCGUGACAAUCUACCUUAGAUAUGGAGCAGAUUAUGAUACUGAUUCUCAAGACAUGUUGUGCGAUCAAAUUGAAAGGAAGCUCCAUGAUUGCGCAGUCUGGAGAUCACCGAGCGAUGACUAUCGCUGGAUUUGGUGGGAUCCUGGACAGAGAAUGCAAAAUAGGUUUUGCGAAGAAAGGAGGAAUCUGCGAUGGCUACCGACCUGGUUUAAAAGCUAUAGCUACAUUGCGGCCGAUACUAUAUGGAACCCAGGGCCCCCUCCUCGCCACAGUAACACUACUACGUCGGACUUCUGCAGUGGAUAUUCUUCUCUCAGAGCUAUGACCGGGGCACUUUCGACAAGUGGUACACCUGGAACCUUAACAAGUCGGACAAUCUACUAUGCGCUUGGAGGAAGCAAUGUUACGAGUUCGUCUAGCCAACUGUUCUUUCAGCGUGGUUGUCAGCGAGCUCCAACGGGAGUAUUGGCAAAACCGAGCCGCCAGUAUCGAAGCGAAUGCAUAAGAAAUUGCAAAUUCGAACGGGGGCAUCUCAAAGACGCGAGCAAUAUACAUCUGCAUCAAACCCAGUCACAUUGUUUCUUCAGCCCCAGUGUGAUGCGCUCGGGUUUUGCAGGUCGUGGCCCAGGAGAUAUACGCAGUCUUUCGCUUCCAUGCCUCUUAAGCCAAAGAUACGAGAGUACAGUCGUCUCCAAUGUGCCACACAGCACCAAGUCAAGCUUUCCAGAAGGCAGACAAAGAACAACGAAAAAGUUCCAAGAUUUCCGUAAACAUCAAGUCUGGUCUGCUCGGAUGGCACUGCAACCGUCCAGAUAUAGAGAGCUUCUAGGACCACCUGCCGGGACUCCGCGAUCUGGGCUUUCUGUCACCAGUUCAUCCGAUCAGACAUCUCUAUUGAUCCUGAACCAAUCAAGGCGCAUGGAGGCUUUCUCAACAAAUUCCAGCACACUGAUACCUAACAAUCCUAACAACCAUAAUCAUGUCAGGAAUGUGGAAGUAGCGGUAAGUGUUGAUCAUGUUGCUGGUUUAGCUGUGCGCUACUCUGCAGUCCCUGCAUGUGGUCGAUCAAGCUUACCAUGUCGCCUGGAGGCCCGCCAUCGUACAGGAUUAGGCUUGGAAGAAGAAAGGGAUUCAGAUGGUCGCACGCGACAGAAAGAGCCAUUGCGCAUGCAUCGCUCUAGACCAAGGCAGUCCCGGGAGAGGAAGAAGCGAAAAUUGGCAGGACUUCUGGAAAGAAAAGUUCCUAUUAGCGAGCUGACUAGUUGGGAGCUACAGUUCAUAGAUGGGCUGGACCGGAGACUGGAAUGGCUCUACAACCAGCUCUGCCCAGGACGGAGACCUUACCAUUUCGCGCUGCUUGCGAACCACUGGCUCAAUAAAGAAACCUGGCUGGUAAUUGACCCACCUACGCGAAUAUCUAUCAGUGCUAGAAGGCGACUAGGAGACCCAAGAUUCAACUCGCCAUAUCCAAAGCCUGACUGGACUGCGAAACCAAAGUACCCAAGGGUGCCACGCAAAACAGUUUAUACUCCUAAAAUCAAUUCAUGGAGGCUAGCUGUUAACAAACACCGAAAAGCAUCUGGACUACGUGACAUGGUCAAGACAAUCAAAUUCUACCCCGAUUCAACGGCUGAUCCACCAGAUGGGAAGGUUGACCCAUCAUGCUGGAUGCUGCGCAGGCCCCCGCAAGGAUCGUUCAUGUCAGCCCGACAGGGAAAAGUGUAUUAUGAAGGAGGGGCAGGCUGGCAAGAGACAUUCGAUGAUUGGCAAAAGAUCCGCCAUGGCUAUCUGAUUCAGAAAGCCAUCCAUGAAGGCGGAGUCAACAGAACAAGAGCAAGAGAAACUGCAGGAGCAAUCAGCCGGUAUUUUCAUAUGGCAACAGCAAAAGGCUCUUGAUCUGCAAACGAUUCAUGUCUGGUCCGCUGACAGCACAGCGCGUUUUGGGCAGAAGUUGUGUGGUUGCUCUGCAAACAGUUCGAAUGUGUCUAGGGCGGUUAUAUAUCUGUGUGAAAGGAUGAUGUACGGGACAGAUAACAUGAUGCAGCCUCUUUAUGGUCUAUCUGUAUUGUUAUGCUGCCUUCAGGCGCUUCCAUCGGUUCCCAAUGACCGCCUAGCCUUACGAAUCUGUAAGAUGCCAUCAAAUGCCAAGUCUCUGAAAUCGAAUUGAAUCCUGUGCCUUAGGCUUGAAUAAAGAACAUGGUAAAUAGCGAGGCGAACAAUGCAGUCAUGGUGUCAUUCCCCAGUUGCCAAAAACUCCGGUAAUCCUUUCCGUGCCUUCAACGACGCUUCUUGUA